GAAUUAGCUUUGGAUCAAGUAGAAGUUGAAUAAACAAUGGCUUUAUCAACCUUGGAGAGAGCAAUCUCACUUGUCUGUAUGAUCUUGAUUGUUGUGUUUCAAUUUUCUCGCCAUGUUGCUUCUGACUCUACUGAAGAAGCACAAGCUCUUCUAAAAUGGAAAGCCAGCCUUCAAAACCGGAACCGUCCUCCCCUGUCUUCAUGGACUCUUUCUCCUGUAAACGCCACCAAUAAUUCUACUCAACCUGGAAACAGAACAAGCCCUUGUAGUUGGUCUGGAAUUUCUUGCAACCUUGCUGGAAGAAUCGAUAGAUUUAACAUGUCUAUUUCAGGUUUAAAAGGUACGCUCAAUGAAUUGUCGUUCUCAUCAUUUCCUAAUCUUGAAUAUGUUGAUUUUGGCAUAAAUGAACUCUUUGGUGUUAUCCCGACACAAAUAGGUAAUCUCUCAAAACUGAAGUAUCUUGACUUGUCAAUGAAUCAGUUUUAUGGGAAAAUUCCUAUUGAAAUUACCCUCUUAGGAGAGCUAGAAACCCUCCACCUAGGUGAUAAUCAAUUAAAUGGCUCAAUUCCACAAGAAUUAGGCCAACUGAGUUCCCUUAAUGAGCUUACCUUGUCUGGUAACCAUUUGGAUGGUUCAAUUCCUACUUCUUUGAGUAAUUUGAGCAAUUUGGGUAUUUUGUAUCUUUUCAAUAAUUCACUUUCUGGUUCAAUUCCUCCAGAGAUGGGAAACCUCUCCAAUCUCGUUGAACUUGAUGUAGAUACCAAUAGCUUAACUGGUCUAAUCCCUUCAAGUUUUGGAAACCUGAGAAACCUAACUAUAUUGUACAUGUUCAAAAACCAAUUUUCUGGUUCCAUUCCUCAAGAAUUAGGAAAUAUUGUAUCUCUUUCAGAAUUAAGUCUUUACUCCAAUAGUCUUUCUGGUUCAAUUCCAAUGUUACUAGGCGGUUUGAAAAACCUCAUCCUUCUUCAAUUGUACAAUAAUCAACUUUCUGGAUCAAUUCCUGAUGACAUAGGAAAUUUGAAGUCUCUUAUGUAUUUAGAAUUAAGCGAAAAUCAGCUUAGUGGUCGUAUUCCUCCUUCUUUUGGUAAUUUAAGCGAUUUAAAAACUCUUUAUCUCCGUAACAAUGCUCUUUCUGGUUCAAUUCCUCAAGAAAUUGGAAAUCUCAAGAACUUGUCUGUAUUGCCACUUGAUAACAACCACUUCACUGGUUUUUUACCCCAAAAUAUUUGCCAUAGUGGUUCACUUGAGAACUUCACUGUGAAUGGCAACCAUCUUCAAGGUCCAAUCCCCAAAGGCUUGAGAAAUUGCACAAGCCUAAAGAGACUCCGCCUGGAAAAAAAUGAAUUUGUUGGUAAUAUAUCAGAAGAUUUUGGCAUCUAUCCACACCUCGAGUACUUAGAUCUCAGCCAAAAUAAUUUUCAUGGUGAAAUCUCGUCUAACUGGGCAAAGUGUGCAAAAUUAGGCACCCUAAAGAUUGCAGCUAAUAAAAUUACUGGCAGCAUUCCAGCGGAGCUUGGAAACUUAACAAAACUCGGUAGACUUGAUCUUUCUUCAAAUCUUCUAGCUGGAGAGAUUCCAAAAGAACUUGAAAAGUUGAGUCUGCUAGAGGAGUUGAUUUUGAAUGGGAACAAACUUUCUGGUGGUAUACCUCUGGAAAUUGGAUCCCUCUCAGGCAUCACUCGUCUUGACUUGUCUGCUAACAAGUUGACCAAAUCAAUACCUGAAAAUUUAGGGAACUUGUUGAAAAUCUAUUCCUUAAAUUUGAGCAACAACCAGUUUGCCCAAGAAAUUCCACCUCAUUUGGGAAAGCUAAGUCAACUUUCAGAGCUAGAUUUGAGUUAUAAUUUACUCAGAGGAAAGAUACCUUCUCAAAUAUGUGAUUUGGAGGUUUUGCAAAAGCUAAAUCUCUCCCACAAUAACCUUUCUGGGUUCAUUCCAGGAGGAUUUCAAAAUAUGUUUGCCCUGUCUAGCAUUGACAUUUCCUAUAAUGAGUUGGAGGGUCCAAUUCCAAAUUCCACAGCGUUUCGAAAUGCUUCCAUUGAAGCAUUACAAGGGAACAAAGAUUUGUGUGGUGAUGUUGUCGGAUUGCAACCUUGCAAUUCUUCCAAAGCUUCCGAAUCAGGCAAACAUGGAGUGAGCAAGGGUUUGUUGAUCUUCCUGGUAAUAUUGUUCCCUAUUUUAGCAGUGCUUGUUUUUUCAGUUGUGGUAAUCCGAAUUCUCAAUAGUUCCCGGAGAAGGAAAAGGGACUCGCAAGAAGUAGAAAGCCAUGAGAAUGAUGGAGACGUCUUUUCAAUUUCAAUUUUUGAAGGAAAAAGGAUGUAUGAAGAAAUUGUGAAAGGAACUAAUGAUUUUCAUUCUGAUUAUUGCAUUGGGAUGGGUGGUCAAGGAAAUGUUUAUAAAGCUGAACUAUUAGGGAAUACUAUAGCAGUUAAGAAAAUUCACUCUCUGUCUACCGAUUAUAUAGCAAAUCAAAAAGAGUUCUUAAGUGAAAUACAAGCAUUAACAGUGAUAAGGCAUCGAAAUAUCGUGAAAUUUUUUGGCUUUUGUUCACAUUCUCGACACUCAUUCUUAGUUUACAUGUAUCUCGAAAGGGGUAGCUUAGCCUCAAUCCUGAACAGUGAAAAAGCAGCAAUGGAACUAGAUUGGAGUAAGAGAGUGAAUGUCAUAAAAGGAGUAGCUCAUGCCUUGUCUUACCUGCACCACGAUUGUUUCCCACCGAUCGUCCAUCGAGACAUAUCAAGCAAGAAUAUACUGCUAGAUUUGGAAUAUGAAGCUCAUGUGUCGGACUUUGGAACAGCUAAGCUUCUUAACCCAGACUCGUCCAAUUGGACCGAACUUGCUGGCACAUACGGAUAUGUUGCCCCAGAGCUUGCUUACACAAUGAAGGUAACAGAGAAAUGCGAUGUCUAUAGCUUUGGAGUGUUGGCAAUGGAAGUAAUCCAAGGGAAGCAUCCAAGAGAUUUUCUCUCUCAAAUUCUAGAUUCAUCUGCCAACAUGAACAUGGAGCUUGGUGAUAUGUUGGAUCCAAGGCUUCUGUUUCCCUCCCUGGAAGUUCAGAACAAACUGAUUUCCAUAAAGGAGGUGGCCCUUUUAUGCUUAGAUGUAAAUCCAGAGUCUAGACCCACCAUGCAUAUUGUGGCUCAAUUACUGUAAAACUAAAUCAAUUCCUUUCUCAAGUCAUCACACGACAUUACUUUCUAGAAGAUGAAGCCGGUUACAUAUAGUUGUUUUUUUUUUUGUUUUU